CUUUCUUUCUUCCAACAAAGCAAGGCAUCGUCCUCUCACUCAACAAAAGAAUAUGCCACGCUUUCACACGUGUCUCAACAACGUCCUCCACCUGUCCCUUCUCCCCUCUCGCCACGUGUCCCACCGGUUCUCUUCUCAUGAGUGAUGAGUGACGAACACACACAAACAAAACUUCCUCUCUUCUUCUCCGUCUUCUUCCUCCUCCUCCUCCUCCUUCUUCUUCAUCGCUUUCCUUCUGCAUUUGCAGCUCCACGUCAAUGGCGUCUUCACUGAGGACAAAGAGUUUUGUGUUCGGAGAAGGAGGACCUCAGAUUGAUGCUGUAUCUCACUGGUGGAACGACGUUGAUGAAUCGGAUGAAUGGCAAAGAGGCAUUUACUAUGCUCUCUGUGCCGCUUACGCCACCGUUUCCAUUGUUGCCAUCGUGCAACUGGUGCGCAUUCAAAUGAGAGUACCUGAAUAUGGAUGGACAACACAGAAGGUUUUCCACUUAAUGAAUUUUAUUGUCAAUGGAUUGAGGGCUGUUAUAUUUGGUUCAUACGAAACUAUUUUUGCAAUUAAGCCCAAGUCACUGGAGAGGGUGCUAAUGGAGAUUCCUAGUCUUCUGUUUUUCUCUACUUAUACGUUGCUUGUCCUGUUCUGGGCUGAGAUAUACCACCAGGCAAGAAGUGAACCAGCGCAAAAACUUAGGCCUGCUUAUUUUGUUAUCAAUGGGUUUAUUUACUUCAUACAGAUCUGCUUUUGGAUUUUCAUGAGCGUAAGCAGCGCUGACACUGGCGCAGAGAUUGCUAAACUCUUCCUUGCAGUUGUUUCAUUUUGCGCUGCUCUUGGAUUCUUGUUGUAUGGUGGAAGGUAAGCUUUUCUCUUUGCAAUAGUGAGGCGCUUCCCAAUUGAAUCCAGAGGUCGUCAAAAGAAGCUUUACGAGGUUGGCUCAGUGACAACUAUUUGCUGUACAUGUUUCUUGAUAAGAUGUACUAUGCUUGCAGUAUCUGCAUUUGACGAGGAAGCAGAUCUGGAUGUGUUGGAUCAUCCCAUUCUUAACCUCAUCUAUUAUUUGUUGGUGGAGAUUGUUCCAUCAGGGUUGGUGCUUUUCAUACUGCGGAAGCUGCCCCCAAGAAGAGUUUCUGAUCAGUAUCAUCCAAUCAGAUGAGACUUUAAGCAGCACCAACC